AUGGAAAAUCAGUUAUGGUAUGACAAUUCGGGGUACUCCAACGAAUACCAAGCAGGCUGCCAGGAUGCCGAGGAAACCCUGUUUGUGCUGCUGGGCCUCAUCAUUCUUGUCAACAUCAGCAUCAACAUCACUACUGUGAUGUGGCAAGGACUGCAGAACAUCCUGGACAAGGUGUGCUCUUGGAUUAACCAGAAAGAUGAAGUUCAACCCAUUGAAAGUCCACCCAAAGACUCCCUAGCCAAGGCCCAGGAUGUCCACAUCCACUGUACCCUGGACCCUGUAAAAGUGAAGAUGACCCAGCCCACAGCCUACUCUUCUUCCUGCCACCGCUUCCACAAUCAUCGAGACAGCCCCAACCGUGGCAACAGCCACAGAGGCUGCAGCAGUCGCCGCCGCCGCCGCCGCCGCCGCCGCCGCCGUGGCCUUCGUCGUGGCAGCGGUAUACGCCCCUGCAGCCACCAACAGAAGCCACAAAACCCCCGAAGAUUUCCCUGUGGCCGCCAAAUUUUCUGCAACCAACAGCCCGGCUAUAGAGUGCCAAAGCUGCGGACAAAGCCCUUCUUUGACCUGGAGGGCCAGGACUCCUGCCCGGAGGAGGAGGAGGGGGGCCUGGCUUUCCCGUAUGCCAAGUCCCCCCAGAGGGGCUGGGGCAGGUUCUAUCAGCGCAUGGCCCUGCCGUCCAACAUGGGGCUGUGGGGUCGCCAGGGCGGAAUCCUGGCUAGCCUGCCGCCACCCUCCCUCUACUUGUCCCCUGAGCUGCGCCGCCUGCCCAAACGUGUGGAGGCCAAGUCUGAGCUCAGGCUGCAAUCCUUCGGGCCCCACUGUUCACAGUCCCGACUUUGGGGCAACGUGGAGGCCGAGCAGUGUACCCCAUCUCCACCACCCCAGCCCCGCAGGCUGCCUCCCAACCCUUCCUGGGUCCCCGGGAGUCACAGCCCUUACCACUCGGGGGGCCAGAUGCUGUAUGACUGCUGGGACCAGCAGCGGCGGCGAAACGCGGACAAUUUGGAGCCCCCACCUGUCCUGCUGUCCCGAGGCACCCGGCCAGAACCUCAGGGAUACCGGGAACACUACGCCUCCCAGUCGCACGGGCGGAGCCACUCUGGCCACCCCUACAACCAGCCCAACCGCAGCCCCCACCCCUCCAUGGGUCACCUGAGCCAUGUCUCCCGAGACCCCCACGAGGUCCGCCGUCGGGCAGCUGACUGGGCUGACGCUCCGUCCGCCCGGCACCCUCUCACUACCUCCACUUCUCUCGUGGUGCUGGGCGAGACUACCUACCAGCGGACCCCAGCCGCCAGCUCCCAGCAGGUGCCUGAAGUGCAGGCCGCUGACCCCAUCCCACCCGCUACCACAUUCGUCCCGCUCAGCCGGAAUCCCGGGGGCAAUGCCAGCUACAAGGUGUAUGACAGCCUGGAGUUGAAACGGCAGGUGCAGGAGAACAGAGCACGGGCCAACUCGCUGCCACCACCUUCCACCUCAGGCUCUAAGCCCUCUCUGCACAGGAGCAGGGUGGGGAAAGUGAACUGA